AUGUUCGGAGCGCGCGCUCGUAGUCCUUGUGUUUCGGCCUCAUGCGCUCCCGUUGGCUCCCCCUUCCUCCCCUCCCCUGCUCAUGUGCGUCGCAUCACGUGGGGUGGCGGGCGGCGCAGGUUCUACCACGCGUACGACAACUACAUGCGCUACGCCUUCCCUCACGACGAGCUGAAGCCGCUCUCGCGCUCCUACACCAACUCGCUGGGGGAGCUCGGCAACCUCCAGAUGCAGCACCUAUCGACCAACUACAAUGGAAGCGCUCUCACCCUCAUCGACUCGCUCUCAAGUCUGGCAGUGCUGGGCAACGUGAGUGAGUUCCAGCGGGCAGUGCGCUGGCUAGCAUCAUCGCUCUCCUUCCAUGCCGACGUGCGCGUCAACACCUUCGAGUGCAACAUCCGGCUGCUGGGAGGGCUGCUCUCCGGCCAUCUGCUCGCCCAGCACCACUCCCUGCUCCUCCACCCCCCGCCGCCCCCCACCUCGCCCUCCUCUCGGGGCACAGCUGACAGAAGGGAGGGAGCAGAGGGCGAGAUGGAGAAGGGGCAUGGAGCGCGGAGAGGCAGGGAAGAAGGUGCAGGUGCAGAGGGGAAGGGUACAGGGGCUGCAGCAGGCGACAAGCAGGAAGGGGAGCGGAGGAGUAUGGAUGAGGAGGGAGAGGGAGUGAGGGCGGGAGUGGAGGCGGGGGGGAACGAGGAGGAGGGGGAGACAGGGGCGUGGUACCGGGGCGAGCUGCUGGUGCUGGCGGAGCAGCUGGGGCGGCGCCUCAUGCCCGCGUUCAACACACCCACGGGCAUUCCCUACGCGUGGAUCAACCUCAAGUACGGGGUGAGGGCGGGCGAGACCACUGAGACCAGCACGUCCGGCUGUGGGUCGCUCAUCCUGGAGUUUGGGCUGCUGUCGCGCCUCACAGGCGAUCCGUGUUUUGAGCGGGCAGCGCAGGGGGCGCUGAGGCGGGUGUGGGGCAUGCGGUCGGCGGUGGACCUGGUGGGGACGACGCUGGACGUGGCGAGUGGGCAGUGGGUGGAGGGCAACACGGGCAUCGGUGCAGGCGUGGACUCCUUCUACGAGUACCUGCUCAAGGCCUACGUGCUCUUUGGCGACCCCGACUACUGGCACAUGUUCCAGGUCGCCUACACCGCCACCCAGCGCUACCUACGCACGCCCCACCCCUCCUCCUGGUACCAUGAUGCGCACAUGCACACGGGCAGCCCCACCUAUCGCCAAUUCGCCAGCCUCCAGGCCUUCUGGCCCGCCCUGCAGGUGUGCUGCCUCUGCCCAGCUCCCCUCUGCUCUGCUCCGCUGCACCUUCCCACCACCACUCCUUGCCCCUCGAUCCUCGCUCUGCCGUGCCUCUACUGCACUGCGCCCAUCAUCUCUCCCAUCCGUCCCUGCCCCACACUGCCUUGUGCGCCCUGCAAAGGUGCUGGCAGGUGA